CAUGGACGACCAGCGGGAUGUUCAAACCUCCAAACGAAACGGUAGCUCCAGGUCGGUUUUAUCAGCCGGUUCCGCUGUGGCUAUGGAGAUUAAACGGAAGAAAAUACGACAGAGUACAUUAUUCCUGCAAACUGAGAAGAACACCAACAUCCAAGAAAAGCUUGACUUUGAGAUGCGAAUGCGGGAGGGAGCCUACAAGCUGCUGCUCGCCUGCAGUAAGAGAGAACAGGUUCUCAACGCCUCCAAGAACCUGCUGACCUGUAACGCCAGGAUCAAGGCUUAUGUCUCACAGCUGCAGAGGAAGAAAGGGGAGCAGGACAUGGGGGGAGCCAUGAGAUUUUCAGAUCCAGUUUCAGAUGACCGUGUGCCCUGCAAUGGGACAAUUGCAAUGUCUGGGCUGCGCCUUCCUUUGAUGUGGAGGGAUUCAGCCUACUUUAACAACAGAGGGAGCUCCCGUCGAGUGGCGUUGUUCUGUCUGAUGCAGAUGGGCUCAGAGGUGUUUGCCACAGAAAUGAUAGUGGUGGACAGAUCAGUCACUGACAUCUGCUUUGAGGGAGUCACUGUCUUUAAAGAUGCAGAUCCUCAGUUUGAGCUGAAGGUGGAGUUGUGGAGCUGUGCCCUGGAGGAUGAGCUCACCAUGGUGAAUACGCCAAAGAAACUGGCCAAGAAGCUCCGCAACUCCUUUGGAAAGACAGCUGGGAAGAAGCUCUGCCCUCUGCUGGACAGCCCCGACCCUGACACCUUCCUGCAGUACAACCCCAUUCCCCCUGGAGCCAAGUACAGCCUGCUGGCCUACACCACGCUGUGUCUGCCUGACGCUGAAGGCAGCUUCCAGUCGCACUCCCUCAUCGUCCUCCAAGGCGACGAGUCGUCGUCAUGGCUUCCACUUUAUGGCAACCUCUGCUGCCGGGUGGUGGCCCAGCCUUCCUGCAUGACACAGAGCAUGAGGAGCGGCUACCUAAACCAGAAGCUAAGUGUGGAGGGGAUGUACCACUGCUGCAGUCUCUACUGUGUCCUCAGUGCUGGGGUUCUGUCCUGUUACUUCACCCUGGAAGAAAUUGAUGCUAAAUUGCAGCCCUCUCUCAAAGUACCCGUUAACAAGGACACUCGAGUCCGAGUGAUGGAAAAAGAGUCAUCAGGACAUAAGUCCAGGAGCCUGUCCAUCAUCAACCCUUCACCAGAGGGCUCUGAGACCAUCGUCUUCACCACGGAAACCAGAGAGGAGCUGGAAGACUGGCUGGACGCCCUGCACCAGCACCUCUACGACCAGAGCCAGUGGCUGCACUGCUGCAACCAGCUAAUGAAGAUCGAGGUCACGUCACCACGGAAACCAUCACUCUUCCUCACCAAGCAGGCCGACUCUGUUUACAACGACCUCAGUAUAUAUUCACCCGGAAAGUUUGAGAGCAUCACAGACAUGAUCCACAACAAGAUAGAGCAGACAGAUGGCCGCUUUCUUAUUGGUCCUGAGGAGGAGAAGGAAGCGCCUAAUUGGUCCACUCUGUUCGAAGGCACCAAUUCAAUGGUGGUGCAGAAGGGUGUUCUGUCCCAGAGCAAAACCUCCAGCCCUUGUGCAAGCCCCAACCCCAACACCAGCUCUACCUCCAUCCAAACAUCCAACAAGAAGCGCCGGGCCCCGCCCCCCCCCUCUGACAGGAAACCUCCGGCUACUGCCAGCCGCCCUGCCAGACCUCCCCUGCCUCCCUCUCUCCAUCACGCUCCACCUCCCUCACACCAGGAGAAGGAGAACUCCGGCACUUCACGCCCGACCACAAGGUCCAAAACUGGGAGACCAUCUCUGGAUGCCAAGUUCUCUGCCAUCAUCCAGCAGCUCCAGCGCAGCAACGCCGGAGGAGCUGGAGCCCAAAGUCGGAAACACGCUCCACUGGGCAUCCUGGACGUACAGCCGCCUCCUCUCCAGCAGCUGGAGCAACACCACCAACCCCAGCACACUGAGGCUGCCGGGGAACACGCCUUCCUCAGACCCAGCUACGGUCCUGUUCCUGCAACCAGGAGCAAACUGAGGAAGUCGUUCAGAGAGAGGAUGAACUUUAAAGCCUUGUAACCUCGACCUUUGGCAAUAACCAGAAAUAACCUUACCUUACUACUAAUACAAAUAACCAAAACAACAGGGACAGCAUUUCAUCUGAGCUCAUUCUUAUUUAUAACAAAUAAAUCACAAUAUAUAUACCAGUAUACCUCAAUAGCAAUAAUAAUAAUACUAAUAAUGCAUCACAUUUAUUAGACCGCUUUUGCAGGUGUUCCAAGCGCUUUACAAUUACACAUUACACAUAUUAAACAUCUAAGAGUCAUUACUGUGGACAUUACCCACAGGAGCAAAUUCGGGGUGAAGUGUCUUGCCCAAGGACACAACGGCCUGACGCGGUGGCGGCCAAGGCGGGUUUCGAACUGGAGUUCACCAACGCCCCUUGAUCUGAUGAUCUGAUGAUCAAUGCUCUAACCCACUGCGCCAAAAUCGCCCCGUGAUAAUGUGAUAAUUGGGCUCUGUUGGUGUGGGCCUGUGUGGAAAAUGAGCUCAAUUGCAGAACGAGAUGACCAUCAAUACCACUCUUAUAUCUUUACACAAAAUAGGAGAUUAGCAAGUUUAGAUUAUCAUAACGUCUAAAACAGGGUGAAACUGCAGCAUGAUUCAUUCUUUGUUGGGAACAGUGACUUACUGGAGUGGGUUAGAUAAGACUCCGAGCAAAGAAAUAGUCCCACACGCAACCAGCUUGAAAUUGAAAAUGUUUUUUGUACGGAUUAAAUAAACAAGAUGGAGUUCAAUAGUGAACUGUGAAGCUCCUGGUUGGCAGAAAGUCUUACCUUUGAACAGAUACAUGCUAUCUUAAUUUCAGGUUUUAUGCUAAGCUAAGCUAACAAUUUCCCAGCUCAGAUUCAUAUAACACUGAUUGAUAAAAGAGUGGUAUCAACCUCAUUAAUUCUCAAAAUGUCGAGCUGUUGCUUUUACCAAAGGAAUGAGGGGGGGGGUCAACAGGUCUAUUUCCAUCAAGACGUCCCAAAUCCCAGUUGACAAAUCGUAUCACAAUUUCAAUUUGGAAUUGAUACAUCCCCAGCUCCACUCUCCAUGUAUACACUCUCUCAUCUGCAGCUAACCCACAGAUGGAAUUGAAAGCUGCAUGUUGGCUCGAGCACUGCCGUCAUCAAUCCCACUCAAAUGGUAAGGCUUAUUCCUCAGCGCUGCCACUGGAACAUGGACUGAAGACAGAGCUUUAGUGAAAGCACUCAAAUUGGAAUUGAUCCAUUGACCAAAUGUGAAACAGUCAUUCCCUUUUGGAAGUAUUGACUUAUUCCACUUACUGUGACAACUUUAUGACCACGUAUAGCGGUUUUCAAGGGAACAGGAUUUUAGGAGCAAUUGCAAUGUGACUGGUCCAUUUCCCAGAGGUCUUAAUAAGUGACCCUGGUUUUCAGUGGCUACGCAGUAUGCCCAACAUCAUUUAACACUGCAGCCUAUAAAAGACACAACAUCAUCGAAUGAAUGAGUCUUUUGAGUGGCCUAAAUUAUGAAUGCCCUUGUGUUUUGAACACAGCCAAUACUGCUAGCCACUAAAUAUUUCAACCACUUAACAGUCACAUGUUGAAGAAUGCUCUUCCUAAUUACAUGCAGUGUACAGAACAUUAAGUUUAGCUACUUCUCGGAAAUCGCCUGGCCAGAUGAAGAAGUAUUGUGAAAGCUACAAUCCUCACCCUCUAAAAUUCAGUUUAAUCAAGAGGAGGAGGUGUAGAUUUGGAGGAAGGUGGAUUACAGGAGGAUUUAGUUUCAUCUUUGAAAUAUCCAAGAAUGGAUUGUACAAAAGAGGAAGCUGUUCCAGGCGUGGUGUUUAUAACCAAUACAUUAGUCACUUUGAUGUAAAUACCUGGAAAAAGAGAUGGUUUUUGGGAUAAACCGGAUAGCAUUGUUUUUUUUAAACCUAAUGCUGUGUGAUCAAAUCUAGAAUCCUCACUAAUAUAUUAUACUGCACUUCCUGCAUCGUCUCCUAACAUCUUGGCCCUUUUCAGUUAGAUCAAGCAUGAGACUAAAGAACAUGAAAUGACAUGCCUCUGUAACUGACAGUUAUGGUGAUAAGAUAACGUGUCUGUGUGGCUUUUCAGAUUAACUGUAGCCAUGGUGAGAGCAGGAAAUGUUGCCCAUGUGGAUACUAAGCUUGAGGGAGAGCAUGUGAUCUUAAUGUACAAAUGCUAUAUGACUAAACCAAGACUGAACAUUGUGAGAGCCAAUUUUAUAUUAAUUUACACUGUUUUUCAAAUAUGCAUUUCAAUUGUUUUUUAUUAAAAUGUUCUGUAAUCUGUUUUAUACAAUAAUUAUUACACGUCAUCUCAAUGUUACUUAGCACAUUAAUUAUAUAGAACCUAGAAAAUAGCACCUUGUUUAUGUACUAGUAAGUAGAGAUGCAUUCAUCUUGUGCAGAGUGAUUAGUGCAAUGGAAAAUAAUAUUGUAUUUCUUUGUUUCUCAAAAGGUGCAAUUUGUCUCACAGUGAUGUCUUGCAAGAUAACUGUUCUUUGUUAUUAUUGCUGAUCUGCAAUAAAAAGGCCUACAUUCUA